UACUCGAGCACAAGGGCAUAUGCGCUUCCCAUGUGCCACUUUGCCCAAGUUGCCACUUGAAAAUCCAAAACCCAUUUUUCUCCAUCUUCAAAAACCCAAAUUCAAUCUAGACCAGCUUUCCAAGUUCCAACUGCAAGCCACUGCUCGCUCGCUUCAGUUCGACUUGUUUCACCCUCAUGGGAACCUCAGAAGCCGUGGUUAAGAAAGAUGUGUAUUCGGUGUGGGCACUUCCACCGGAAGACGUUACUGCCAGGGUGAAGAAGUUGAUGGAAGGUUUAAGAUCCGAGUUCGGUGGGCCACAGUUCGAGCCCCACGUCACGGUUGUUGGGGCCAUCAGUUUAACAGCUGAUGAUGCGUUGGCCAAGUUCAGGUCAGCCUGUGAUGGGCUUAAAGCUUAUAAUGCUACCGUCGACCGUGUGGCCACUGGGACUUUCUUUUAUCAAUGCGUUUUUUUGCUGCUUCACCCCACUUCUGAGGUGGUGGAAGCAAGUGCACAUUGUACCGAUCAUUUUGGUUACAAGAAUUCCACUCAGAUGAUUAGAAUUAUGGAAUAUGGAGUAACCAAGCAUAAAGAUAACAUUUUGAGUUGCUACAAGCGUUCUACUGAGAGGGGAAGAAAAAAAACUAGAAAUACAGUGGUCCAGGUGUGUUAAGGAUGGUCAAAAUGGGCAGAAUGGGUGAGUUUAACAUUGUUAUUAAUUGGUGCAUCUUUCCACUGAGUUCUUUAAUGGUGUGCCUAAAUGCUCAUACUCAAUUUGAUUUCUUUGCUUUCAACUUGCAAAACAAAGUCAUUUUUUUAACUUGAUGUAGCUUGUAUAUCUGAAUCCAUUUCCUUGCUUUAGUUUGGCCCAGUGGCUAGAUGAGCUAUGGUUGGUAAUUGCUGUUUGUCUUCAAGAAUGGGCGUGAACUAUUUUCUAGAUGAGAGAAACUAUUAUCCUCAUCUGACAAUUGAAAUUGAGGUUUCCAAAUCAAAACAAAGCUUAAUUGAUCACCUUUCAAUUUAAACUUUAAGGGGAAGAGAAAGUAUUUAUACUUGUCCUUCUAUUAUGACAUUCAUUGUAUUGGUCACAAACAGACUGUUGACAAAUAUGUCUUCUAUU